CGGGGGUUUGUCCGCAGCCGCUUCCUCUCGGGCCAUUCAAGAUCCCCCAAAUCCGCCCGCUUCCUCGGACCCGGACAGUCCUGGGCUGGGAGCGCUCCAGCUGUCCAAGAGCCGCCUGGGGACGCCUGCCCCGGACACCCCGGCGCUGCAGCCGUGCCUAGCGCCAUGGGCCCGCUGCUCCUGGUCCUGCUGUACCCGCUGCCCUGUGUCUCGGGCCUGCCUUUCUACAAUGGCUUCUACUACUCCAAUAGUCCCAACGGCUGGAACCCGGGCAACGGCCACGGCGAAGGCGUCUUCAAUGGGGUGAAGCUGGUGGUAGAGACAACCGAGGAGACCCUGUUUUCCCACCGGGGGGCCAACGUGACCCUGCCCUGCCACUACCACUACGAGCCGGCCCUGCUGUCCCCGAGGCCCGUGCGCGUCAAAUGGUGGAAGCUGUCGGAGAAUGGGGCCCUGGAGCAGGAUGUGCUGGUGGCCAUUGGGCUGAGGCACCGCUCCUUCGGAGACUACCGCGGCCGGGUGCGCCUGCGGCAGGACGGGGAGCGCGAAGUGUCGCUGCAGAUCCGGGACCUGCGGCUGGAGGACUCCGGGCGUUACCGCUGUGAGGUCAUUGACGGGCUGGAGGACGAGAGCGGCCUGGUGGAGCUGGAGCUGCGGGGUGUGGUCUUUCCCUACCAGCACCCCUGGGGGCGCUACCAGCUCAACUUCCUCGAGGCCCAGCGGGCGUGUGCAGAGCAGGACGCGGUGGUGGCCUCCUUCGAGCAGUUGUUCCGGGCCUGGGAGGAGGGCCUGGACUGGUGCAACGCAGGCUGGCUGCAGGACGCCUCUGUGCAGUACCCCAUCGCGCGCGCCCGGCGGCCCUGCGGGGGCCUGGGCCUGGCCCCCGGCGUGCGCAGCUACGGCCCCCGCAGCCACCCCCUGCACCGCUAUGAUGCCUUCUGCUUCGCUCCGGCCCUCAGGGGGCAGGUAUACUACUUGGAGCACCCCAAGAAGCUGACCCUGGCAGAGGCAAAGGAGGCCUGCCGGGAAGACGGCGCCCACAUUGCCAAGGUGGGCCAGCUCUUUGCUGCCUGGAAGUUCCGUGGCUUGGACCGCUGUGAUGCCGGCUGGCUGGCGGAUGGCAGUGCCCGCUACCCUGUGGUUCGCCCGCGUCCCAACUGCGGGCCCCUGGAGCCCGGCGUCCGAAGCUUCGGCUUCCCAGACCCGCGGAGCCGGGAGUAUGGCGUAUAUUGUUACCGGCCCCGCUAGGGGUCCCGCGCCUCCCCUCUCGCGCUGUAUUUAUUGAGUGGUUCAUUUUCCCUUGCAGGUUGGGGCAAUUUUUGUGCGGUUUUUAUACAUCCCAAGUUAAAUUUUUUUAAAUUACUUUUUUUUUUUUUUUUUGGUAAAUCCAGCUUUCCAAAUCCUCCCUUUGUUCGGGUGGACACCCCAAGGCUCCCCCGUUCCAGGAAUCCCUCUGCCCCUCUCCUCUAGGCCAGUAGAGGUUCGUGGGCUCACAAGGGCUCUCCACUGUCACUGAACGCAGCCCCUCUCCCUGUCUCCCAGUGACACGUGGUGGCUGUCCCUGCCCCUCCUCGUCAGCCUGGGAUAGCAGGGGAGGGUGUCCAGGGGGCCCUGGAGCUGGGCAUUGCGGUCUCCUGCCUCCUCCUCUGAGAAGCUGCUGGCCCAGAUCAGGGCAGCUGAGGGCUAGGGCUGGAAGCGGGUCCCUAGGCUUCUGCGUGAAGUCCCAGGGAAGGGAGAAAUUUCUCUCCCCGUUUUUUCCUUCUCACUCCAAAGAGUCUGUAUUUUGUUCUCCUUUUUCCCUGCUCAGGGAGUGGCCCUCAGGUGUGUGUACUUUCUUUGGACAAUAAAUGGUGCUGUGACGUGCCCCCCCA